UCCUAAAAAUCUAGCAGCGAUAUCUUUCUACUUUUUCUCUCUCUCUCUCUCUCUCACACACACAGACACAUAAAGAAAGAGAAAGACAAAAAAAAUGGGAUAUCUGAUUGGGGUUGCCAUGGUGAGUGUGAUCACUAUUAUGAUUGUAUCAAAGAUUUGGAGAAUAUUUGUAAUUCUGUUUUGGAGGCCAUAUGCACUGACUAGGCACUUCAGAAAGCAAGGAGUGUUGGGGCCACCUUACUCACUUGUUUAUGGUUCUCUCAAUGAUAUCAAAACAAUGAUGAAUGAUGAAAGGAAAAACAUCAUGGAUACACACUCACACGAUAUCACUCAAAGGGUUCUUCCUCACUAUCAAAUAUGGUCCUCCUUAUAUGGGGAGAGAUUUCUAUAUUGGUAUGGAACAGAACCAAGGAUUUGCAUAUCUGAUCCAGAGCUGGCCAAGGAAAUUUUAUCAAAUAAAUUUGGUUUCUAUUCAAAACCAAAACAAAGGCCUUCUAUAGUAACAAUGAUAGGACAAGGGAUAGUUCUAAUGGAAGGAUUGGAGUGGGUUAAGCGCAGAAGGAUACUCAAUCCUGCCUUCUCCAUGGAUAGACUCAAGGUUAUGAUAAGUAGAAUGGCAGAAUGUACCAUUUCCAUGGUAGAUGAGUGGAAAAAGCUAGCCAUUGAAGAGAAGAACAAAUCAAAGACAAUAGAAAUGUGUGAAGAAUUUCGAAAGCUAACAGCAGAUAUAAUCGCCCAUACUGCCUUUGGUAGCAGCUUUGCUCAUGGAAGGGAAACUUUUAAUGCACAAACUCUUCUUCAAAAGCAUUGUGUAGCUUCUAGUUCUGACGUUUUCAUUCCUGGCUCCCAAUAUUUUCCUAGUCAAACAAAUAUUGAGAUAUGGAAGCUUGAUAGGAAAAUGAAGAAAUCACUAGAAUGCAUUAUAGAAAGCAGGUUGCAGCAAUAUUCUGAAUCAGAUAAGUCUUAUGGAGAUGAUCUACUAGGAGUAAUGAUGGAUGCAGAAAAAACGGAUGGUGUUCUAAAGUUGAAGAUGAAUGAAAUAAUGGAAGAGUGCAAGACCUUUUUCUUUGCUGGUCAUGAAACCACUUCCAACUUACUUAUUUGGACUGUCUUUUUGUUGAGUUUGCACAGUGAUUGGCAACACAAACUCAGGCAAGAAAUCCUUCAGAUUUGUGGCAUGCAAAUUCCUGAUGCAGAUAUGCUUUCAAAGUUAAAAAUGGUGAAUAUGGUAUUGCUGGAAGCAUUAAGGUUGUACUGUCCAGCAAUAGAAAUAAUAAGAGUGGCUUCACAAGACAUGAAAUUAGGAGAUUUGAUGAUCCCAAGAGGAACAUGUCUCACAAUCCCAGUUAUAAUGAUUCAAAGGAAUGAAAAAUACUGGGGUGAAGAUGCAAAUGAGUUCAAUCCAAUUAGAUUCAUAAAUGGAGUCUCUAAGGCUGCAAAGCACCCAAAUGCUCUACUUGCAUUUUCAGUGGGUCCAAGAAAUUGCAUUGGUCAGAAUUUUGCUAUGUUGGAAGCUAAGACAGUGAUGGCUUUGAUUAUUCAAAGGUUUUCUUGGUCUCUUUCCCCUGAUUAUCAACAUGCACCUGCAAACAACCUCACUUUGCAGCCACAACAUGGCCUUCCUAUCAUUCUAAAACCAUUGCACUUGUAAUUCUUACCUUCUUUAGUGCUAUUUGUUCAGAUAAAAUUUAAUACUAUCUAUUUUCUAAAUAUAAAACUUCUUUCACUAAAUAAUGGGAAUUAAGAAAA